CGCGUCAACAAAACGUAUGACUAAGCGAUAUUUUGCUUCCAGAGCUUUCUUGCUGCGUUGAAUAGAAGUCUGUUUGCAUCUCUACUACAGCCAAGCUAAGUAGGGGAAUUAAUUUCGUGAGGGAAUCGAUCUGUGAUUGUGUGUUAUUUUCCCUCAUUACGGAUUUUGCCCGCUGCUAGAGGUUCAGAGUUCGUUUGAGAGGCGGUCUACAUGGCCAAGGCCACCAUUCUGAUUGGUCAGUUCCAAGUCCUAUGACAACAUCAAGUCUCGUGAUUUCGACUCCCACUGAAAACAAUAACAAAGCGAGAAAAAAAUCUACACGAACAAUCACUUCAGCGAGUAUUCUCGGAUAUUUUGUUAAAAAUACAUCAAGGAUCAGAAAGGAAUUACAGAACAACAAAUGCGAAAGGGUUUGGAAGUGCGCCCUGUGAGUUUAAUCUCGUUAUCUGCGUUUGUAUCGUUCUCCUGUGCUAGGAGUGGAGCAGCCGUUCGGAGAAGCUUACUCUCUUUACGACAGUGAGGGUUACCAGUGCAAUACGAACACGAUGGCCGAAGAUGCGGUCACAGAAAGCUCAGUCUAUGAGCCGAGCUAUGGGUCUUGGGAGGACGAUUUCCAGUCGCUCUCUCCCUUCGGAGCAGAUUGGGAAAUGGAGCAAGAAUUCUUCAAGUCGGAUGCAAGCUGCUUUGAUUUUGAGAGUUGUAAAACACAAGGACCAACGCUGGCUGAGCUUAAUGAUCAGCGAUCGCUCUCUCCGCUUAUAAACCCUGAAAUGGAAAGACUCCAUCGUAUUGCAACCCGCACGGAGCCAGAGCCUUCGUGUUUCGCAGGGAAAAAGAAUGCAAAUCACUCACAGACAUUUGCCAACGAAAAUGCAAACAAAAACGAGGAGGGUGAAGUCUUUGUGGAAUGUAAAAAAGAGGGAGAAAUGGAGAAAGAAUAUCCUUCAUGUAAAUUUGCUAAUCGAGAAAGCGAAGUGAAGGUAGAGAGAACUUGCUUGGCGAGUUUGCCUGUGAGAACGGCCACAACCACAACCAUGGUCCAAAACCAGGACGAACCAAAAACGAUCGAGCUUGCAAGCUGUGAUCUCAUGAAGAGAAUUUUGCAAGAGAAUAAGUUCGAUGUUAAAAGCUCAGUGCCUAUUCCAAAACUGGUUACACCGGAAUUGAAAUUUCAGUCGUACACAGACGAGUCAGAAAAGUCGCGGGGAAAUUUCACUGUGUCUCGGACACAAGGAAACGAAGAGAACGAUCAGGAAUUCGAGCCGAUGGAAAUCCACGAUGAUUCUGGCGAUGAGGAUGUGGAUUCUGACGACGAUUAUGAUGAUAGGGAAGGAGAUAGCACUGCCAAGAUACGGAAAGGGAGACGGAGUGACACAGAUGACCUGAGUCCGAAUCCGAGAAGAUUACUCGAGAUUGGGAGAGAAUUGAACCGGUUAAACAAGGUUAUAAGCGAUCUGAAACCCAUCCAUAGCCUGCCACUGAACGCCAGGAACAAGUCUAGGAAAGAGAAAAACAAGCUUGCUUCGAGGGCUUGUCGACUGAAGAAGAAAGCUCAGCAUGAGGCCAACAAACUCAAACUGCAUGGCCUGGAACUUGAGCAACAGCGCCUUAUCCAUGUGAUUGAAAAGGUCCGGAGCGAGAUAAUCCACACAUCAGAUGGACAUGUAACACCAGGUUCUCUGAGCAGCAAAGUGGAAUCUCUUGUCACAUCUGCUGUAGGUAACCAGGCAGUAGCAGGACAUACAUCCGAAUUCAUUGAUUCUGUCCUCAAGGCAACAGCACAGUUGACAAACCCUAAGUUAACAAGCAUGGAUGAGAUACAUCUUGAUUUGUAAGGAACCAUUUGGAACAGCCCUUCAAGGUCUGUUGAUGACAAAAUGAAGAAUACAGAAACCACAACUAGCAGCUUGUACUUAAAAAAUUAGACUAUGAGUUCAAGUUUUCUCUGAGUCAAUAUAUAGUCAACGUAGGGCCUACUAACGAGCAGUCUCAUUGUUUUAGUAUAAAUCCACUCACAAACUACUACCUUUUAAUAACUAUUUUAAUUGUAAUUCAUGUUGUUUUUGUAAAAACACUGUGUUUUUUUUUCUGCUGCUCACUAUCUAUCGCUCAAUAGAUAGUGAGUGCAGGAGCCAAUCAAAUUGCAGUAUUCGUAAUAGUAUGUGAGUAGAUUUAUACUAAAUUAAAUUAGAAUCCUAAAGAGGGAACAUAUAUAUAUAUAUAUAUAAUAUAGUUUAUACUUAUACUUAAUAUUUAAGAAUUUUGUUAUCCAGUUUUCAUUAGAGUGAAACAUGAUAGACUGUGUAAUUUAUAUGAGUUUGGAAAACACAGAGACUUUCAUAGAUGAUAUUAUUUUACUUGAUACUUGGGGUUUUCUAUUUCUUUGUAGAAGAAAGAUACAUUUUGAUAUCUUAUCAAUAUGGUCUCUGUGCCUGCACAUUGUGUGAUCGGGUAUUGGGAAGAUUGUGAUGAUAAAUAAUGGGCAACUGUUUAAGGAACAUAGAGAAAAGUGACAAAAAAUGCAUUUGAUAAUGUAAGAUUAAUAUUGAAAACAUAGACUUAUAUUUUGUAUAUUUAGAAUUGCAUUUGCUAACACUGUACAAUAAAGGGUUAUGUAAAUAAGAUUUCUGUCCUUGCUGGAAGAGGAAUACAGACAAAUAAAUGACAUGGUUUGAGAAGAAAUAAAUUUUGUGUACAUAUACUCACAUUUUAUAUGUUAUCAUUGUUUGUUUUGACAAAAAUGAAAAGUGAGAAAAUGGAAAGAUAAUAGACUGGAGUGUGUUGAUAUGUUUGCUUUUUGUGUAUUGUUUUAGUUGUACAGUGUUGCAUUGUUUGAGCUAACAUAGAACAGGGGGGUUAAGGGUUUGUGGUGGUGCAGUUUUGCCUUAAAUCUGGCCCGGUUUUUCGUGCUUUUUUAUCUUAUUCCACAGUAUUGCGGUUUCUCUGCACGGUUUACGGUUAUUGACUUAUUUUGACAGUUUUAUGGUUUUUGGCAUUUUUCUGUGUGGUUUUGAGUUUUUUGCGCCCCCCUUAUGCCCCCCUCAGUGUAUAAAUUGUAAAUAAUAAAAAAUAGAUGAUAAAGUAAUCUAGCUGUUCACUUGCAAGUUCAAGGUUAACAAGCUGGGCAUGCAUAGUUUAGAAUUAGAGAGUGUGUUUUUAGGUUGAUUUAAUUUAAAGUGUCCAUGUAGGUUAUGAUUGUCUGUUUAGAGUUCUUGUUAUUGUUUAUGGAUGACUCCUGAUUUGUGCUACGUAUUAGAUCUGUGGCUUGUAUAAAACUGCAAAAUGUAACCUUAUAAUAGUUGAUAGUCCUAUAGCUAGUUCAAUAGCUACUAUGAGGGCCCAAUUGACUGUUUAUUUAUUUUUCUACUUUUUAAAUCUCGUGGUUAGCCAAUAUGUGACAAUCAUUAUUUAAUUCAAUUGUACCAUGUUGGAAGAGGUCAGCAACCAAAGAUUGGGGUGGGUGUUUAUUUGAAGAAAAAAAAAAACAAUCAUUUGGGCUUUCGCAUAGGAUCGAUGAUAUGAAUACCAGUGGUGCAGAUCCAGGAAUGGGAGCUGGCAGUCACAUAUUAAUCUCCUUCCACAUGCUUUAUUAUUGAUGCCCUAUCCUUUGGAUCGUUGUCCCCUCCCAUGAUAUGAUUUUUUCCUCGGGAAAUCCUAGAUCCGCCUUUUAAUACCAAACUGUAUAUGAAACGAUUGCUUUAUUUUGGCAACUCACAUGCCUAUAUCUUGCAACUCUGCGUGAGGCUUUCAUGCAGCAAAUGGAAUGCAUCAUAUCAAUAAAAAAAAUGUACAACACUCCA